AUGAAACAGCAUCGGUUUGCGUUGAUCGACUUCGAUCUUUGGAAAGCACUGAUUGCUCGCCCUAUAUCAGCGCUACUGUCAAGCAACAUGAUGAGUGUUCGGUCAAUGUUUAAAAUAUGCUGGGGAGUAUCAUUUCUAUCAUACACAGCAAGUAUAGUAGUGAAUUACACAGCGGAUACAAUGCCGACUUCAUUUCAACUGACAAAUUAUUCAACUGAAGCCUCGCAUACGACUACUCCGCGGUCGACUGACCCCAACGAGGACGUUGUCGCAAUGUUCUUGGAACAAGUCGAAAAAUACGAACAAAAUAAAGAAAAUUGUACUACAGGUACUCAAUACAAUCUCGGCAAAGGUGUCAUUCAGCAGUAUGGAAAAAACAGAUUCAAACCACAGGCACUGGUAUCAGUAAACCGCGCCAACUUCCUAACUAGAAUUUGGCGCGAAGCAGAAUCGAAAGUAGUCGAUUCGGAAUACCUCUUUUAUUCGCAAGUGCGCAAUAUGUUGGAAGGUGACCCUGAAAUAUUCGCAGCUGGAAACUGCUACGACUAUAAGGAAUUUAAAAGUUAUAUAAUGUUUUGUCCGUAUGCAUAUCGUACGGAUGACGGAACAAUUAAUGUGAAGGACCUUUCCAUUGCGUAUCCCUAUCUUGGAAAUGAUUCCGAAUGGUUCCAUUCGGCACGCAUGCGAGCUAGCAAAGUUCAUAACUUCAACUACACCAUAGGGACUACUGAGCCACGCUAUAACCAGACUACUCAUCUUGAAGCUGUGCAGGACAAGGUUAUCACAGUGACGUAUGACGAUGGACACUGGUCUCGCCCUUACUUUGAUUGUGGGGGCGGCUAUAUUUGGAUGAUGACAUAUACGGUUCCAUUUUUUGGCUUCAAAGAUGGAAAGUUCAAGUUCAAAGGGACAAGUGGUAUCGACAUAGCCUUACAGAAAGUAGAUAUUGACCAAUGUCCGCAGCCUGAAGGGGCCACAGAACCAAACGUCUUUGCGGGCUCAGCUCGAUGUAAACCCUCCACAACCAGGUGUGAGCCAAUUCCACGAUUGGGGUUCCGUCGUGGUUCAUACAAAUGUGUUUGCCUCGAUGGAUAUUACUUUCCAAACCUUGAUUCGCCUCAUCGCUACUUCAAUGGUACCGAAGUGGAGUACGAGUACGCCAAAAGGUCGAGGGGGGAAGAGAACGUGUAUGAUAUAUCGUUUGAAUGCCUGCCAUGCGCAGCCGGAUGUGACACCUGCGAGGAUCCCUCUCCCUGUAUCCUAACACUUAACUGGAUGCAGCGUAGCGUCGUUCUGGGUGUCUCGGGACUCAUCAUGUGUUGCAUUCCUUUACUGAUAUGGUUUACGGUGCAUUAUCGAGAUGUCAAGGUCCUUAAGGCAUGCAGUCCUGUCUUGAUGAGGAUAAUUCUCGUUGGAGCAUUUCUUUUGUAUUGUCCGUUAAUUGUUGGAUACUUCGAAGCAACAGUUAUCACCUGCAUUUUGAGAUUUUGGUUUAGAGAAAUUGGAUUUUCAAUAUCCUAUGGGGCCCUUCUUUUGAAAACAUGGCGAAUUUCGGUCGUCUUCCGGGUGAGGUCAGCACAACGUGUGAAAAUUUCUGACGCAGACCUCAUCAAACGUCUUCUCAUCAUCAUUUUCGUCUGUGCAGCUUAUCUCACAGCGAGGACUAUAGCCGGCACGCCGAGAGUUAUAGAAGGUCGUAAUGUAGAUGACCUGAAGGCUUUCCAGUGUUCGGCAGAUUGGUGGGACCAUUCGGCAGCUAUCGCGGAAUUAAUAUUCCUACUGUGGGGAAUUCGCCUGUGUAUAGUCGUGAGAAAAGCGCCUUCAGAAUUCAACGAGAGUCGCUUUAUUAGCUGGGCAAUCUACAACGAGACACUGCUUUCCUUAUUUCUUAAUGUUUCCAUGAUAUUUUUACAAGAUCCUUUCCCCACGAAUCCGGACCUUCUCCUUUUAGUUCUAUUUAUACAUACACAACUUACCACCACUGUUACGUUAGCUUUUUUGUUUGGAAGUAAGGCCUACCUGGUGUACAAAGGUUACAAAGGAGAAAACAGUAAUCAUACAACGAUGAUAAGUAAAGGUUCCAAGCAGCACCUCAACUCCAGUAAACCCUCAUCGACCCUUAACGCCUCCGUAUGUAAUUCUUCCUGUAAUUAUAACUACUCGGAGAAGGGGGACGAAGCGGAGUGUGAAAGCUUGCUAGAAAAAGAUAUACAGGAAGAGUUUCGGCGACUUUACACUCAACUUGAGUUCUUAAAACAGAGGAAUAUGAAAAUAGGAAAUAGACAUCUCCAACAUAAACUGUCUGCGAUGACAGAAGCAGCCCAGAAGGAGGAUUCGCCUAAUUCCUCGCCCUCUUCCCCAAGUAUGAACGGGAAACGGGUUGUGAUAAAUCUGGACUCAUUCAAGGAGGCGACAACUUUAUAGCACAUCUGUCCUGUUUCAUUCGUAAAGGAUUGGUGUCUUUUUCUUGAAAGGAACAUUAUAUUGAAUACAUAUGUUCAACUAUGUUAAAAAUAUAAGGCGUUGAUUCAGCACUCUUGAACGAUUGAAAUAAUAUGCAUCUGUUGUGAUAUGAAAUGAUUAGGGACAAACUUAAAUGACUAAUUGUAUGGCUGUGUGAAUACGCAGUUGUAUG